UCUAUACUUACAUGCUGUUUUGCUUUCGUGCGCACGUUUUCGGUGCUGUUCAAGUUGCGCGAGUGAUUGAAUUGAUAUAGAAUAUCCGAGCUUUUGAGAAUUGCUCGGCGAUAUUCAAGACUCGCGGGAAUGAAUGUGCUUGCGUUCGCUGAUGCGUGAUUUUUUGUGCAUUCACAACACGCUGCUCUAUGGCGGACAUUCGCGCGAAGGUUCUGCAGUACGAAACCUUCCUGAACGACGUGCUAAAGGAGGACCUGAGGAGAUGCCUCGAGGAGCGCGAUCGCAUCUGCGCAAAGCUAGCCGAGCUGCUCCAACUACGGACUGUCGUCGAAAGAAUUCAGGAAGUCGCAGCGAACAAGGAGACCUUUCGGACGCAGGUUGAUCUGGGCUGCAACUUCUACGUCCAAGCCGUCGUGCCAGACGUGUCGAAAAUCUUCGUGCAAGUCGGCAUGGGCUUCUUUGUAGAGCUGACGCACGAAGAGACGCUGUGGUUUGUGGGCCGCAGGGAAGCACUGCUUGAAGCCGAGCUGCAGCGGGUUUCCAAGGAGUCGGCCAACAUAAAAGCACACAUCCAGAUGGUCCUGCAGGGGCUGCGCGAAAUCCAGGGCCUGCCAGCCAAUCCUGACCAACCCAAGCGACGGGAUGUAUUCUGACGGCAUUGUCACGUGUAAAGUGGCCAUGUGCUCAAGUGUGUAUAAAUUUGUAAAUAAAUGCAAAAAAAUCACACUUCUUGCUCACAGGAAUGAGCACUGCAAAGGUGCGAUUCCUUUGGUUGUUAUAACACAUAACUCAUUGAAAAAAAAAGAAAUAUUGUUAAUAAAAGUUAUACCACCCGA